AUGGACCGUGUGCUGGCCACACGAUCCGAGAGCCAUGUGUCGGGUGCUGAAAUUUGGAAGGAAGAUUUUGAGGUCACGUCGGACCGUUGUGGGACCGACAUUAGGCCACAAGGGGAGUUUCGGAAUCACAUUCCAGACAAUGACGAGUACCUAGACGAUGAACGCGACAAGGACGUCACUCUCUGA